GAAGGAAUGACCUGGCUGAGAACGUUGUUAGCAGUCUCCAAGUGUUUUGGAGCAUGGAGCAGCUCCACACUGGUAACUCGCCAGAUUGGUCCCACAUGCUCUUGUAGUCACUCAGAUAAACGAGUUGUUUCCCUAAUUCUGCCGUCUCGAGGUUUUCGAAGCAGAGAAGUGAAAAAAUAUUACGCUGAAGAUGGGACCUUCAAUCCUCCAGUUCAAGAUGUCAUCGAUCGUUUCAAGCGACUUCGAUGGGGAGCGUUCGUACAUGCCCGAUCGGGUCGGAGCAAACAUCUUUAUCGGCGCUCCGAUACGAUGCGCGACAAACUACAGGAACACAUCCUAACCAAUCGUGCAACAUCUUUUCUACUGAACAAUAUGCUCAAUUAUCAGUGGCGUGCGCCCAGAUACUAUCCCGAGGACAUUUAUGAACCUUAUCAUAGACGAACCGGCGUUCCUUGGGAUUAUGCUCAGAGAAAACCAAAGUUCUUCCCCUAGUUAGAUUGGUUUCAAGUACACGCUUGUAGAACUAUCUUUUACUUCUCAUGAUUACGGCCACCAAUGCCCGAUAUCUCAU